UGGGGUCUGAUAUGGGGGGCCUGAUAUGGUAGGCCACGUUCCAACUCUAAUAGCGGUUGCGAGCCGCUUCUUCAAUAAACAGCGCGUCGUCACGUGACAUAGCAAUCACUUUUCUGGUGGUCGAGUCGUGUCAGAUUCCUACAAGCAAGCUUACCUCUUGAGGACUAGGAAGAUAUUGACUGUAGACCCUCACAGUUCCCGAUUCCUAGUUAACACUGGUGGUCUAAGCUCUCCAUUGAGUUCUCUUCCUUUGCGUACCCGAGGUCGAAACCUCGCCAGAAUCGCUUCAGAUCCGCUUGAGAAGCUGGCAGAAAACAUUCAAUACAACAAAGUAUCGAGGGAUCAUCCUUUCGCAGUGCAGCCUCUACAUCUCAGGAGGGCAUGGAAGAAGGAUCAAGAGUGUCCAUCAACCAACUAUUGAGAGUUACUCUGUUAAGUAGUGAGUGGAGAUCAUCAAAGGGAGGCUUGUCGACGAUCAGCAGAAAACUUGCAAUAGAAUUGGCUAAACACCAUAAUGUGGAAGUUUGUGUCUAUCUUCCCGAGUGUAGCGAAGAAGAUAAGAAAGUUGCUGGAAGUCACAGUGUUCAGCUCAUUGAAGCGGAAAAACGUCCUGGAUAUGAGAAAAUCGACUGGUUGGCCUCUUUGCCGAAAAAUCAUCUUCCUCACUGUGUAAUUGGACAUGGUCUUCACCUUGGUAAACAAAUACCACUCAUAAAGGAACAUCAUGAUUGCAAGUGGAUUCAAGUUGUCCACACAGAUCCUGAAGAGCUUGGGAAGUACAAGAGUUAUGAAGAAGCAAUUUCCAAAGGAGAGCAAAAGCACCAAGCAGAAGUAAAACUCUGUGAGCUAGCUGAUCAAGUUGUUGCUGUUGGACCCAAGCUGGCAGAUGCUUACUCCCGUCACCUCCGUUUCAGUGGGAAAGAUCAAGAUGUUAUAAAUCUAACCCCAAGCAUUUUCACGGAGUUUUGCAAUGUUCAACAAGCCACUGAAGAAAGAAAUACGUUUUGUGUUUUGGUAUUUGGACGUGGUGAUAAUGAAGAUUUCAAGUUGAAGGGAUAUGACAUUGCUGUACAAGCAGUUGCUGAACUGGACGACACAUCGUACCAACUCAUGUUCGUUGGAGCACCAGCAGGAAAAGAGGAUGAAGUGGCAACAAAAUUACUCGAGUAUGGUAUCCGUCAAAGGCAGCUAACUGUUCGCCGCUUUAAGGAAAGUAGGGAAGAGCUGGCCAAGUUGUUCUGUUCGGUAGAUCUCACAAUCAUGCCAUCAAGGACUGAGGGCUUUGGCUUGACUGCUCUAGAAGCUCUAUCUGCUGGUCUUCCUGUACUUGUGAGUGGUAACUCGGGACUUGGAGAUGCUCUGGAGACGGUUCCUUCAGGUUCCUAUCAUGUAGUAGAUUCAGAAGAUACAAAAGAAUGGGCUAAGGCUAUCAAAAAUGUCCGUCAAAAGGGCAGAGAGGUUCGACUUGAAGAUGCCAACCUUCUUCGUGAAAAGUUUGCUGCGAAGUACAGCUGGGAGAAACAGUGUGGUUCUCUUGUGAAAAAGAUGUGGCACCUAACUUUUGGUUCUGUAGAAGGCGGAGAAGGUCCUGCAAAAAAGGGUAAACAAUGGUUACCUGGUGCUGCUACUCAAUCUAGUCAUCACCGCAAAGGUAAUCAUCCACUUGCAGUGGCCUGCGUUCACGUUCAAAAUGUUUUGGAUUGUACACAGUUCUACUUACUGGUUUUGCAGUAGUCAAGGAGAGUUUAAUCAUAGCAUAAAUGGUAAAAUAUUGCUAUAGGAAAAUGAACGUUCUAAUUUCAACUCACCAAAUUUCGUUAAUUGGAAGGACAGAAAAACCUGCUGGUCAACUGUCAGCCAACAGCUAACUGGCAGGCAGGCAACAGGUUAGUGACGAUCAGUAACUAUAUUUUCUAAAGAUAAAUGUAUAUCCCACAUGCAACAGACCAAACUUGUCAAUGUCUUUUCUAAUGUUGAACUCAAUUGGCAUUUUUACUUUUAAAUGUCACCAUCAAACUACAGUCUCGAAUUGACAACCUGUGUGACUGACUUUAAACUUACUAUAAAUUCAUUCAAUCCCUGAAAAAAUGAUUUGAUGUAAAAAUGUAAUGGGAAUAUCUCGGUGCUUACAUGUAAUUGCUCGAUGUUAGGCAGGACAAAGCGUGACCCUCAAGUGCAGUUGCUCAGUUGGGUGGAUGCACAGUUUGGGUGAAUUCUCAUGUUAAGUGCCACGUGCUAAAACAGAGGAUUCCCCUUCACCAAUUAUUUCAACCAUUUGAACAACAACUCCAUCUACUAGGAACAUUUUGUAUCUGUAAUCAAGCAAGUGAUGGGAGAAACUGUCCAAAGACAACGGCACUGAUCCUUCACACCUCGUGUAAUUAACGUUGAUUGAACGUAAUUCUGAGUAACGGAAGAUUUCUAUGACCAUGGUUCGCAUAAGCCUUAAAAAGUCCUUGAAUUUUUACCACCACUUCUUAAAUAGUAUUUAAGAAGUCCUUGACUGCUUGGAACUAUGAGAUAAAAAGCAAUAAUUACUUCUGCUACCAAAACAGGCAAGGGAAACAAUUGACAUGGAUAUAAUUAAGUCGAGAAGAACAUUGUUUGUUUCAAAAAGUUCGAUAGUCGAUUUUGAUGAUUCCAGAGUUAAGGGACUAUUAUGUGGAGUAGAUCUAACGAAGUAAGUAAUUUCGUCUUCAGUGGGGCCGUUUGAUUAAACUGUAUUGAAUGCGAUCCUGAUGAAACAAAUUUUGAAUGUGAUCCUGACAAAAAUGAGUGCUUGAAGACUGCUGAAAUGUCGUUGGAAACUCCAUGAGUAGUCCUUGUAAAAAAUGGUCCGAAGCAAGUGUGACUUAUGUAUGAGGCCACAUCAUCUUUCAUUUCUUUGCUCAUUUACGCGUGCACUGGAACGAGGGAAGGGUGGAAGGGGGUACUUGGUACAUUUGUAUUUUAUCCGAAUUUCAAAUCUUAUAGUUAUAGGCAUGUACAUGCACAUGCAGUUAACAACAACAGAGACAAUUGUUACAAUUAUGUUUGUUAUUGUUACAAUUGAAAACAAUAUCUCUUUCUUUCAUCCGGUUUACUUCUGUCUUUAGUAACUUUUAUUUGAUAUGAUCUACCCCUAUAUACCAUCCCUGCGAACAACAUACAGCUCAGAUUCUUUUCUAAAAGGUUUUUGCUAUCUAUGUACAUUUGUUUAAAUCU